UGAAUCCAUCAAUGAUGUCUAAGAUUCAACUUCCUGACUCUCUCGAGACCGACUUUGAGCUGAGAGAACCUGAAAAGACACGACGUCGAAGGCAAGUCGACUCGCCAUCGACUCUCCCAACAUCGGUCCCACCAUCUGGUGCCGAGCAGCCAAGCCUGGGACAGAACCCAUUCGGACCAUACUCAUGGCCUAUGUAUUCUGGUCAAUGUUUCUUGUGUCCUGCUGGUGUUCCUGGAGAAAAAGGUUGUCAAGGCCCACAAGGGGUUGCCGGUAGGGACGGGAGAGACGGACGGGAUGCACCGACAGGUCCACAAGCUCAAAAAACACCCACUCCACCCAGCGACGGUGUCAUCUAUAUCCGCUGGGGUAACGAUGUAUGUCCUGAAGAUGCAGAACUCAUCUAUUCAGGUACUAUUGGAGGUGCACACUACACUCAUUCUGGUAGCGGCUCAAAUUAUCUCUGCAUGCCGGACACGCCUAUCUAUGACGAAGUAGAAACUUCCUUACAUAAUGAACGAGCCCGCCUAUACUCCUCUGAAUACCAAGUGAGCGGCGGUCCGUCACGCAUGCAAUCCAGUCUUGACCAGACUCCGACCUGUGCAGUCUGCAGGGCGCCCUCUGGCCGCACCAGCAAACUUAUGAUUCCUGCCCGCAACGUGUGUCCUUCUCAAGAGUGGCGUUUAGAGUACGCUGGUUAUAUUAUGGCACAGAGAUACAACCAGAAGAGAACGGAAUUCGUGUGUGUGGACCGAGAGAUGGUUCCUAAAGCGGGUACCCUGGGGAAUCAGAAUGGUGUGCUGUUGCACCUGACAGAAGUUCGGUGUCAGGUGGGUGAUGGCUUGGAUUGUGGACCCUACAUCGAUGGUUACGAAAUUACUUGCGCCGUCUGUACUAUCUGAAGUCCUACUAUUACAUUCCACUUCAUUUCGUGUAGUUUGACACACUUGUCAGUUCUUUUAAUGCUUUUAGAACAUUUUAUUUUCAUACACACAACAGUGAUACAAUGUACACCUUAGUUUCAGACACAUACUAGUGAUAAAGUGUAAAACUUAGUUUCAUAGAAAGACAACACCUUAGUUUCAAACACACAAUAGUGAUAAAAUGUACACCUUAGUUUUAUACGCAUAGCAGUGAUAAAAUGUACACCUUAGUUUUAUACGCAUAGCAGUGAUAAAAUGUACACCUUAGUUUUAUACGCAUACCAGUGAUAAAAUGUACACCUUAGUUUUAUACGCAUAGCAGUGAUAAAAUGUACACCUUAGUUUUAUACGCAUAGCAGUGAUAAAAUGUACACCUUAGUUUUAUACGCAUAGCAGUGAUAAAAUGUACACCUUAUUUUUAUACGCAUAGCAGUGAUAAAAUGUACAUCUUAGUUUUAUACGCAUAGCAGUGAUAAAAUGUACACCUUAGUUUUAUACGCAUAGCAGUGAUAAAAUGUACACCUUAGUUUUAUACGCAUAGCAGUGAUAAAAUGUACACCUUAGUUUCAGACACAUACCAGUAAUAAAAUGUAAACCCUAGUUUCAUACAUACAACAUAGAUAAAGUGUCAUGUAAAAUUAGGCCUGUUUUGUCGAUGGUUCUCUAAAUGUUGUAAAUGUAUAUUAAAUUUCAUGAUAGAUU